CAGGAGCAAAUCAAUGAAUUGUUGAAAGAUAUUGAGAAUGAUCAAGUGGCGGAGAAAUCAGUUCAUCCCUUUCGCUCGCCAACUAUCUCUACACCCUUUCGCUCGCCAACUACCUCUGCAGAAAGCUUGGAGAAGAAAAGAGAGGGUCAUUUAGUAGUGGCAGGUCUUAUAGCCACCGUCACAUUCGCGGCAGCAAUAACCGUUCCGGGUGGUUUCAAGAGUGAAAAAGGGUCGAAGGAGGGCACUCCUUUUCUGAUUCAUGAGGCAGCCUUUAAAGCAUUUGUCAUAUCGAAUGCAUUGGCCUUUAUUCUCUCUCUUUCCACCCUCUCCGUUUACCUUAGGACGACAUAUUUCUUUUCCUCAAACUCAAAACACCGACGCAAAGUAGUUUCUACACGGUUGACCGCUAUUAAUCUUCUUAAUUGUGCAUUGAUUGCGAUAGUGAUUGCUUUCAGUACAGGCAGUUAUGUUGUGUUAAAACCUUCUCACGGACUUGCCAUAGCUUCAUGUUUAGUCGGCCCUGCCUUUAUUUUGACUUCUUUAUUUACCCGCAAAUGGAUAUUAUUUCUUCUGUGGAUCUCGAAAUAUGUGAAUAUGUUUAUACCAUUUUCAUUGGUUUAAACUUGGCUUUUAGACUGAAAUUGCUUUUGUUUGUGCCUUAUUUUAGUGUUUUUAGAAUUUAUGGUUGUAUUGUUUGUGUUGAUUUUACUUUAUUUUAAUUUGUUUACUAAUCAGUUUUAAAUUAAGUUGUUGAUUUGAUGGAUUUGAGAACACAAUUCAGAGUUUAGUUAAUGAAUUAUUAUACAUUAAAUUUGUUUAAA